AUGGUGGUAAAAAAAUCAAAGGUCGAUCCUUCCGUAGGAGAAAGUGUUUCUAAGAAAUACAAGAAUCUGGUUCAGAAGUCAAGGUCUCCAUCUCUGGUGAUACAAGAUGACUCAGACGAAAGAACUAAAUCAGAAGUUCAUGGAGAUAAUGUUUUCCAAAACAAUGAAGAAGAUACUUCUCAUACUUUUGAACCACCCACUUUCGAAAUGCUUGUCAAGGUAUCUUCUCCUCCAUCAUCUUCUAUUCUACAAUCCAACAUUUUUUAUUCCAUAAUGAAAGAACCAUUUAUUAAUCUCACCACUCGUCCUUGUCCACCUCCAUUCAAUCCACCAACCUUACUCAUGAAUACCUCACCUCUUACUACAUCUAUUCCGAUAUCAUCCAUUCCUAUACUACUAAAGAUGAGUUCUGUUGAAACAUCUCAACCUCAAAUUUCAAUUGCAUUUCCAAACCCAAUUUUCGCAGACUCAACCAUUCCUUCAACCUAA